AUGCCCGAGCGGCCUAAUAUUCUCCAGGAGAACUCACGCCCCUGUGCUUCGCCGGCGUUUGCCAUUUCGGAGCUACCAGCGGCGGGACCGACCUCUCCUCGAUUGGGGCACUUGAGGGCCAGAGGCUGCCGCUCCUCCUCGUGUCUGAUUACCCUCCUAGCAGCUUUCGCCUCAGUUGCAGCAGUUGCUGUUCUCAUUUCUCUCUGUUCGCGUGCUUUCGAGAAGCGGGCACUCCACGGCCUUCGAACCCGCCGGCUGUCUAACUCAGCAGGACAUGAUACAUCCAUUGUCCAUUGCAGUGACACAGAGGAGGAAGACGAUGAGAAGGAAUACCAAAGUCUUCACCUUCUCAACUUUUCUCCUAGCACAGACUUGGAGUUGCCUCUAAAGAAGAAAUUGUUGGCAAGAGUGGCUGCAACCGGGCCCAGUUAUAAUGGAAGUAGGACACAGCAACUAGAGCAGCAAGAGUAUCUGCAAGGGCGCACAGCUCCGCUUGAUCUGUCCACACGGACUGGGGAAGUUGGACCCUGGCCAUUUGCGGCUGACAGGCCGGUAUCUUCAACAGGAGACCAGUUGCUAGGAGACCUCGAUGUUCCCGCAGCACUGUCAAAUAUCCCUCCUCACCAGCAGGCUGCUGGGCACUGGGCUUCAUAUAGAGCGCAUGGCAAGCCUUUGGACAGCCUGGGGCUGCGAAGAUGGAUGAGUCAUAGGUGGAUUCAUUUGCAGGGGGAAGAGCGGCGUCAACAGCAAUUGCAGCUCCACCUCCAGCGCCAGCACGAUCUGAAUGAGCUGUAUCAGCAGCAACGUCUCUUGCACUGGCAGCCACUGCUCUGGCAGCAGCAAGAACAGCAGAUGCUACAAUCGCAGGGGCAGUAUUUCAUGCACCACCUAGGGCAACGGCAACACCAUGGUGAAUACACUGCGCCUCCGUGUCAUUGGCACCCAACUCAAGUGGGUCAAAGAACGGAGGAGCUUGGCCGAUCUCUACCACAGAAUCUCAGCCCACUGCCCUCACCCCAACUGCAAACGACGACGCAGCGUGGUUCACCCUGGGGACUAAUGAAUAUCCGCGCUCCCAAGCAUGCAACUACAAAUUUUGCUUCAGGUGCAAGGCGCAAGUCCCCCGCCAAGCUGCGGAAACUGCAACAGCAGAUAUGGCAGAUGCAGCUGCAAAUGAGGCAGAUGCAGCGGCAGAUAGUUUGGCUACAGCGGAGGUUGCAGAGGAGGUUGCGACCAGGGCAACCGCAGAAGUCCCACGGCCAGCUGCGGCAUUUGCCUCAGCAACGGCGGCAGCAGUCUCGACGAGAGACUGCUGCCGCCGUUGCUCAACGAGAGCGGCCUCAACUUUUGCAUGGACGGCAUCAACAACACAUGAAGGAAUAUCAGAAAGAGCAGAGGCUGUUGCAACAACAGGAGCAGCAGGAGGUAAGUAAAGACCACCAGCAGCAGGCAGAGCAAGUUGGGGAACAAGCGGCACGACGUCGGAAGAGUGAACAGCAAAACGAUCAAGAGGUACUGGAGGAGGAGCGGCGGCAGCUGUUGGAACCAACAGACUCGCGUGCGAGGUAUCUAUCGGAAGAUGCGUGGAUUUCUUCAGGCUCCUCAAUGCCUGAGUCGCCUCAGUCCAGUACCACUCAAGAGGCGUUGCGGUCGUAUGCUGUUGAUACUGCAGCAGGAACCUGGAAGCCGGGAUUUUCGCGGGUGCAUGCGGUUCUAGGAGUUCCAAGGCAUGAUGCAUCUACUGAGAUUACUUCAGUGGCUUCAGGGGAUGAAGCUGUCGCAACUGGUGCUGCCGGGGCUGUAACAGCAAACACGGCACCGACGACCGAAGUUCUUUACGCCAGCGCAUCCUCCAUUGCAUCGGCCAUAAGCGGAGAUGGCUUGAGCUUCAAUGUUUCGAUUGCUUCUAGACCGCGAGAUAAUGACAGUACCCAAGCUGCAGGUGCAGCAGAAGCUGAAGCAGCAGCAGGUUCCACCACGCCCACAUAUGUCUCGAGUCUGGAAGUCACAGAGCUGGCAAGUGUACCGGCAAGUAGUCGUCCAGCUAGAAUAGAACACCCGUUCGUGCGUCUGCCAAAGAUGUUGGACAAUGCAGCUGCGCCGUUGGUUGACUUGGGACGCGCUGUGGCCACUCGGCCCGGCAGGCGGGACGUCGGGCGGCUGCUGCAGGCUGCCCAUGAUCUGCUUGUGUUGCCAUAUUUAGGGGGCCGUCACUUGAACGAUUUGGUCCAUGUAGUGGAAGAGUUGAUAGAGAACGCGGUGAACCAUCAGCGCCAGGACGUUUCACGACUAAAGACGAGCCGAGCAGUAGAGCGGCUUGCGACGCGCUUCCUACUUAUGGAUGCUGUGGUCUCCGCCUUCCUGGUUCUCGGGCAGCAAGUAAACUCUGGUCAUUGGAAGAUACUAACGGAGGCCAUUAGCCACGCCAGUCCCCCCGUGUCAAAAUUUGGACUAAGAGUAGGGCGACAGUCUUUCAACUCAUAUCUGUGUCAGAAACUCAGCAAGGCAAUAGUAACACUUAAGACGGGAGCGAGGCCGCACCCGGUGGACUUACUGGAUAUAAAGAGGAUGCUCUUCUGCUCGCCCUUAUCUCCCCAGCGUUUUAAAACACCAGAGUUCGACAGUUGGAGGAAGGAUGACGGUCGUUUUGGUGGGCAGUAA